AUGACUAUAAUUGGUGUAGCCUACGCCGGUGCAAUUAUAUUUAUUCUCUUGAGUGCACUUGAUGAUGGAAACCCCGAGUUCAGAGUUGAUUCACUGUCAGUAUCGAAUCUUAAUCACACCAAUUCGCUGAUUUCUGGUAAAUGGGACCUUCGUUUUACUGUGACAAAUCCAUCUAAGAAGAUCAUUUACUAUAACGAUAUCACCACUACGGUUCUCUAUGAUGAUGUGUCGCUUUCCGAUACAACAGUUCCGCCUUUCUUUCAGGUUAAGAAGACUGAGACGGCCCGGCAAGCAAGUUUUGUUACUGCGGGCGCAUAUAUGGAUGAUCAGGCUUUUGAUAAGAUGAACAAAGAAAGGUGCAAUCGGGUUCAAUAUGAGGGUGGUCGCUGGGGCUAG